AAAAGUACUCUCUCUCUCUCUCCACUGAAACCGCAUUUUAUUUUAUGCACAGUCGUUUCCUAACCUUUUCCUAAUUUUCAUGUGCUGCUUUGUUUUGCCUCGGGUACCUAUAUUCUCUCUGCUUCCUCCGGCGAUCUCAGCAGGCAUCUCCAGAGCUACUGGUAGAAUUCACCAGCUCGGCUUUACCGGCAAGUUUUCUCUGUUUGCUUUCCGUUUCAGCAGAAAUUUAUGUUCUUGAGGCUGUUUCGUUCUGAAGUUGGAAACUUUGCUUGUGAUGGAAUUGAGGGCUGUGAGUAUGGUGAUGUUGUUGAGGAUGUUGAGGGCCUAAGUGGGUAAUUGGUGGGUUUUGGCCAAGUGGGCAGCUUGUUUUAGCUCCAUGGAUAUGUUGUGUACUGUUUUUGGAUUUUUAGGGACCCUAGAGAGAAUAGUUCCCAGAAUUUAUGGGGUUGUAAUGUCAAGUUAUUGAUUUUCUAGGUGAAAUCUAGAAAUUCAUAGCUGGGUUCAUUUGGUUCUUGUUGAAUUGGGUAUUUAUUUCUGGUGGAGUUUGACUGUACUAGUCAUUAUAGUAUUUCUGGAAUUUUGAUUUAUGGAGGCUUUUGGAGGCAGUGCUCGUAAUUUCUAUGGUCCGAUGGUGUCGGAUUUGAAGGCAGUUGGGAAGAAGAGUUUGGAAUGGGAUUUGAAUGAUUGUAAAUGGGACGGUGAUCUUUUUACUGCUAGUCCCUUGAAUUCUAUACCAUCUGAUUUUAGAAGUAGGCAGUUGUUCCCGGUCCAACCGGAAACUCCCUCCAAUGCUGGUUUGUCCAACAGUUCUUCUUCUGGUUCAGAUGAUAUCAGUCCAGGAAAUGAGAAAGGUAAAAGAGAAUUGGAGAAACGAAGAAGGGCUACUUUUGUAGAAAAUGAAGAGUUAAAUAAUGAAGCUGGGUCACUUAAUCUUAAGCUUGGCGAGCAAGCUUACCCUAUCAUGGAAGGAGAGGUACAAACUGGGAAGAAGACAAAGAUAGUUGGGACUACUUUAAACCGAGCAGUUUGUCAGGUGGAAGACUGUAAGGCUGAUCUUAGCCAUGCCAAGGAUUACCACCGACGACAUAAGGUCUGUGAUAUGCAUUCUAAGGCAACUAAAGCACGGGUGGGAAAUGUUUUGCAGCGGUUCUGUCAACAGUGUAGCAGGUUUCAUGUUCUUCAAGAGUUUGAUGAAGGAAAGAGAAGUUGUCGUAGGCGUUUGGCUGGCCAUAAUAGGAGGAGAAGAAAAACACAUCCUGAUCCGGUAGUUAAUGGAGGCUCCUUGAAUGAUGAAAGAGGAAGCAGUUAUCUAUUGAUUAGUUUGCUGAGAAUACUCUCCAACAUGCACUCUAAUAGUUCUGAUCAAACGAAGGAUCAGGAUCUGCUAUCUCAUCUUUUGAGGAGUAUAGCCAAUCUUGCUGGCACAGUUGAUGGAAGGAGCAUAUCUGCAUUGCUGCCAGGAUCUCAAGGUUUACUUAAUAGUGGGCCAUCAGUCCAGACUGCACAAAAGGUCCCAGAUACGGUUUCCAAUGGCUGUGAACCCAGUAGGCCUUCUGUUUCGGCCUCUAAGAGGGAUGACUGUGUUAAUCUUGAGGAUCCUUUAAGGCCCAUUCGACAGUGUCCUACAGUACCUGCGUCAGAUCUGCUACAAAAGAGAAUAUCUUCAGUUGAUGCUGAUCAUAGAAGUCUACAAGUGGUUUCAGGUCUACAUGCCGCCAAGCCACUUCCCUCAAGAGACAGUGUUCCAUCCAAGUCAGUUGCACCAGAUGCUACAAUGGGGAGGAUGCAGUUAAAUGGCAUUGAUUUAAAUAAUACAUACGACGAUUCCCAGGACUAUUUAGAGAACCUGGGGAGUUCUCAUUCCCCUGUAAAUCCGGGGACAGUGUCUCUUGGUUUUCCCUUAUGGAUGCAGCAGGAGUCGCAAAAGUCUAGCCCACCCCAGACAAGUGGAACUUCAGACUCAACUUCUACUCAGUCACCAUCAACUUCUAGUGGAGAGGGUCAGAGUCGCACGGAUCGAAUUGUUUUUAAACUCUUUGGAAAAGACCCAAAUGAUCUUCCAUUUGUUCUGCGAUCACAGAUCCUCGACUGGUUGUCCCACAGUCCUUCAGACAUUGAAAGCUACAUAAGGCCAGGCUGUAUCAUUUUGACAAUUUACCUCCGUCUAGAAAAAUCCACGUGGGAGGAGCUCUGCUGUCAUCUGGGAUCCAAUUUGAAACGACUUUUACAUGCUGCCAAUGAUCCUUUUUGGACAACAGGAUGGGUGUAUACGAGGGUACAACAAAAUGUAGCUUUUACAUACAAUGGUCAGGUUGUCCUAGACACAACCUUACCUCUGAAAAGCCACAAAAAUUGCAGGAUAUCAUACAUCAAACCAAUUGCAGUCCCUUUAUCUGAGAGAGCUCAAUUUGUAGUAAAAGGCUUUAAUCUUUCUCGUUCCACCACAAGGUUGCUCUGUGCUCUAGAAGGGAAGUAUCUAGCCCAAGAAACUUGUUAUGACUUGAUGGAUAGUGCUGAUACAACCGUUGAGCAUCAUGAGCAACAGCGCCUCAGAUUCUCCUGCUCUAUACCAAAUGUUACUGGCCGAGGAUUCAUUGAGGUUGAAGAUCAUGGUCUCAGCAGCAGCUUCUUUCCAUUUAUAGUUGCAGAGCAGGAAGUAUGUUCAGAGAUUUGUAUGUUGGAGGGUGCGAUUGAGGUGGCUGAAACUGCUGAUGACGUCCAGAGAGAACCAGAAAAAUUGGAAGCCAAGAACCUAGCUAUGGACUUUAUACAUGAAUUGGGUUGGCUUCUUCAUAGAAGUCACACUAAGUUUAGACUUGGUCACAUGGAUCCCAACUUAGAUCUUUUUCCUUUUAGACGGUUCAGGUUGCUUAUGGAGUUCUCCAUGGACCAUGAUUGGUGUGCUGUAGUGAAGAAACUCUUGGGCAUUCUGUUUGAGGGUACUGUUGACGCUGGAGAACAUCCUUCCAUUGAGCUUGCAUUAUUGGAUAUGAGCCUCCUCCACAGAGCUGUGCGAAGAAAGUGCAGGUCUAUGGUGGAACUCUUGUUAAGGUUUGUCCCAGAUACAGGUUUAGAUAAAACAGGGUCUGAGCAGGAGCAACAAGUUGACAGGGAUGGAAACAAUUUCUUAUUUAAACCCGAUGCAGUUGGGCCCAUGGGGUUGACUCCUCUUCAUGUUGCAGCCAGUACUGAUGGCUGUGAGAUCAUAUUGGACGCCUUAACUGAUGAUCCUGGAAAGGUGGGAAUUGAAGCAUGGAAAUAUGCUAGAGACGGUACAGGAUUGACACCAAAUGAUUAUGCAUGCCUGCGAGGCCGCUACUCCUAUCUCCAUAUUGUCCAGAGGAAAAUCAGCAAGAAAUUAGAAAGCGGGCAGGUGGUGCUUGAUAUCCCUGGCACUAUCUUAGACAGCAACAGCAAGCAGAAGCAAUCAGAUGGACAUAAAUCCUCAAAAGUAGCCAGCUUGGAGACUGAAAAGAUUGAAAUAAAAGCAAUGCAGGGACAUUGUAAGUUAUGUGAAAUGAAACUGGCUUAUGGCAACACAAGGUCAUUGGUGUACAGGCCGGCAAUGCUGUCAAUGGUAGCCAUCGCUGCCGUCUGUGUUUGUGUAGCCUUGCUCUUUAAAAGCUCGCCUGAAGCUGAAUUUGGAGGCAAGGCUCAUAGUUACUAUGGUAUGAAGGCAGUUGGAAAAAAGAGUUUCGAAUGGGAUUUGAAUGAUUGGAAAUGGGACGGUGAUCUUUUUACUGCUAGUCCCUUGAAUUCUGUACCAUCUGCUUGUAGGAGUAAGCAGUUGUUUCCGGUUAGGCCAGAAACUCCCUCCAAUGCUGGUUUGUCCAACAGUUCUUCUUCUGGAUCAGACAAUAUCAGUCCGGGGAAUGAGAAAGGUAAAAGAGAACUGGAGAAACGGAGAAGGGCUGUUUUUGUGGAAAACGAAGUUCGUGAUGAAGCUGGGUCUCUUAAUCUUAAUCUUGGUGGGCAAGCUUACCCCAUUAUGGAAGGAGAGGUACAGACUGGGAAGAAGACAAAGAUAGUUGGGACUACUUCAAAUCGUGCAGUUUGUCAGGUGGAGGACUGUAAGGCUGAUCUUAGCAAUGCCAAGGAUUACCACCGACGGCAUAAGGUCUGUGAUAUGCAUUCUAAAGCAAGUACAGCACUGGUGGGAAAUGCUAUGCAGCGGUUCUGUCAACAGUGUAGCAGGUUUCAUGUUCUUCAAGAGUUUGAUGAAGGGAAGAGAAGUUGUCGCAGGCGUUUGGCUGGCCAUAAUAGGAGGAGAAGAAAAACACAUCCUGAUACUACAGCUAAUGGAGGUUCAUUAAAUGAUGAAAGAGGAAGCAGUUAUCUAUUGAUUAGCUUGCUGAGAAUACUCUCCAAUAUGCAGUCUAGCAGUUCUGAUCAAACAAAAGAUCAGGAUCUGCUAUCUCAUCUACUGAGGAGCCUAGCCAAUCUUGCUGGUACGGCAGAUGGAAGAAACAUAUCUACAUUGCUGCAGGGAUCUCAAGGUUUAUUUAACAGUGGGACAUCUGUCCAGAUCACAAAGGUGCCAGAUGUGGAUGAUGGUGUUAAUCUUGAGGAUUUAAGGCCCGUAGGACAGUGUUCAGUAGUACCUGCAUCAGAUAUGUUAGAGAGGAGAAUAUCUUCAGUUGAUGAUCCUGGAAGUCUGCAAGUUCUUUCAGGUCUACAGGCCACUGAGCCACUACCCUCAAGAGACAGUUCUGAAUCAAAAUCAGUUACACCGGAAGCUACAAGUAGAAGGUUCCAGUUAAAUGGCAUUGAUUUAAAUAAUUCAUAUGAUGAUUCACAGGACUAUUUAGAGAACCUAGGGAAUUCUCAUGUUCCUGCAAGUCCAGGGACUGCAUCUCUUGGUUUUUCUUCAUGGAUGCAGCGCGAUUCCCACAAGUCAAGCCCACCUCAGACAAGUGGGAAUUCAGACUUAACUUCUACUCAGUCACCAUCAAGUUCCAGUGGAGAGGCUCAGAGUCGCACAGAUCGAAUUGUUUUUAAACUCUUCGGAAAAGACCCAAAUGAUCUUCCAUUCAUUCUGCGAUCACAGAUCCUCGACUGGUUAUCCCACAGCCCUACAGACAUUGAAAGCUACAUAAGGCCGGGCUGUAUCAUCUUGACAAUUUACCUUCGUCUAGAAAAAUCCACGUGGGAGGAGCUCUGUUGUCAUCUGGGUUCCAGUUUGAAAACACUUCUAGAUGCUGCCGAUGAUCCAUUUUGGAGAACAGGAUGGGUGUAUACUAGGGUGCAACACUUUGUAACAUUUACGUACAAUGGUCAAGUUGUCUUAGACACACCCUUACCUCUUAAAAGCGAUAAGAGUUGCAGGAUAUCAUACAUCAAACCAAUUGCAGUCUCUGUAUCUGAGAGGGCUCAGUUUGUAGUAAAAGGCUUUAACCUUUCUCAAUCCGCCACAAGGUUACUCUGUGCUCUAGAAGGGAAGUAUCUGGUGCAAGAAACUUGUUAUGACAUGAUGGAUGGUGUACAUACAACUGUUGAGCAUGAUGAGCUGCAGUGCCUCAAAUUCUCCUGCUCUAUACCAGAUGUUACUGGGCGAGGAUUCAUUGAGGUCGAAGAUCAUGGUCUCAGCAGCAGCUUCUUUCCCUUUAUAGUUGCAGAGCAGGAAGUAUGUUCAGAAAUUUGUAUGCUGGAGGGUGAGAUUGAGGUGGCUGAAAGUGCUGAUGCUGAAAAAUUGGAAGCCAAGAAUCAAGCCUUGGACUUUAUACAUGAAUUGGGUUGGCUCCUCCAUAGGAGUCGAGCAAAGUUUAGACUUGGUCACUCGGAUCCAAACCUGGAUCUAUUUCCUUUUAGCAGGUUCAGGUUGCUUAUGGAGUUUUCGAUUGAGCAUGAUUGGUGUGUUGUAGUGAAGAAACUCUUGGGCAUUCUGUUCGAGGGUACUGUUGAUGCUGGAGAACAUACUUCCAUUGAGUUUGCGUUAUUGGAUAUGAGCCUCCUCCACAGAGCUGUGCGAAGAAAUUGCAGACCUAUGGUAGAGUUCUUGUUAAAAUUUAUCCCAAAUCAAGGUUUAACAGGAUUGGAGCAGAAGCAACAAGUUGACAGGGAUGGCAACAGUUUCUUGUUUAAACCUGAUGCAGUUGGGCCCAUGGGGUUGACUCCUCUUCAUGUUGCUGCCAGUGCUGAUGGCUUUGAGCACGUAUUGGAUGCCUUAACUGAUGAUCCUGGAAAGGUGGGAAUUGAAGCAUGGAAAAAUGCUCGAGACGGUACAGGAUUGACACCAUAUGAUUAUGCAUGCCUCCAAAGCCGCUACUCCUAUGUCCAUCUUGUCCAGAGGAAAAUCAGCAAGAUAUUAGAAAGCGGGCAUGUGGUGCUUGAUAUCCCUGGUGUUAUCUUAGACAGAAACGGCAAGCAGAAGCAAUCUGAAGCGUAUAAACCAUCAAGAGUAGCCAGCUUGGAAACUGAAAAGAUUGAAAUGAAAGCGAUACUGCGACAUUGUAAGUUAUGCUCACAGAAACCAGCUUCUGGCAACACAAGGUCACUAGUGUACAGGCCGGCAAUGCUGUCAAUGGUGGCCGUUGCUGCUGUCUGCGUUUGUGUAGCCUUGCUCUUUAAAAGCACACCGGAAGUUCUUUUCGUGUUCCAGCCCUUCAGGUGGGAACUGUUGAAGUUUGGCUCAAGCUGAGGUAGACUUGCGUGUGUUUAUUCUUAGUGACUCUGGUUAUAGGCCGUUUCUUUUGAAGUACAUAGGAGUAUUGACCGAUGAAAUAGACCUGAAAUUAGCCUUUUCUGAUGUAUAUCUGAGCUUCCGCAAUAAACAUGGGCUUUUGGUGAUUGCCCACCAGGUUUUAUUGUUAAGACAACCAACUUUUGCUUCCCCUAUCAUUGUAUGUGAACAACAAUACCGUUACAAACUGGUUAGCACAUAAUUUAUUUGUUUUGUUUUGUUUCUUCAAAAUAAAGCAUUCAGGUGAUUUCCCUUGGGACGGUAUCCCAUUAUUGGUGCAA